AUGGCCUCAUCAUGUUCAAGCGCUUGUCUACUACCACCGCUUCGCUUCGUUACUGAUGUUCACGGCUAUAUAAAGAAUUCACUGUUGCAAUCAUUGCAACAAUCCAGUUCUCAGGAGGAUGGAUCUUCCCUGUUUGAAAAACUUCUUGGCCAACUUGGUACACCCCCACUGUUCACCACCCUGAGAACCAACCCGCUGGCAGGGAAAAACCAAGAAGAAUUACUCGGCACUGUGAAAUCAGAAAUUUUGAAAAAUUACAAGCAAAAGGGAUGGAAGGAGCCUUGCAUCUACUAUCAUGCUGUGCUGAAGGAUCUCAUCAUUGUAGAGGGAAGGGGACCAAACCUGGAUCUGCAAAAGUAUAACAAGCAAGUUGUGGUUGACUUGGCAUGUGGAAUGGCAGUGUUACGUGGGGCUGAUGUGUUUGCACAGGGAAUUAUGGGAUGUUCAGUAGGAAUGCGUGAAGAGGAUGCUGUGUCUGUAUUUUGUGAUGUUGACAGUACAUGUUUAAAGGGAGCAACAAAACUCCAGGAAGAAUCCAUGAUGUUUGUAGGAAAUGGCAUUGCUUGUGUCAGCAGGGAGAAACUAUUCUGCUCAAAAGAAAAAGUUUGUGGUGUUGGUAUCUCUAUGACACAGCCAUUAUAUGAAGCCCCCAGUCUGACAGAUCUGUGCUCUGAUCUUGUCUUUCCACAAAAUCUUCCGUCUGUUGUUGCAAGUCAUGCUCUCAACCCCAAACAAGGGGAGACCAUCCUGGAUAUGUGUGCUUCACCUGGUGGAAAAACAGUGCAUAUAGCUACACUUAUGGCCGGAAAGGGCCGUCUGAUAGCUUUAGAUAAAACACCAGCUAAAAUUGAUAAAAUCAAGAAAAAUGCUGAAAACUGGAAUAUCAAUUUUAUUGAGACCUAUCCAUGUGAUGCGAGACAUGCAUGCUUAGACACAGCAGAUAUUGCAGGGGGGCCUCCCUAUCCACCAGAUAUGUUUGAUCGUGUCUUACUGGAUGGGCCUUGCAGUGCUCUGGGCCAGAGGCCUUCCAGCAAGAACAAUAUGUCACUUAAGUCUUUAAAAUCUUAUCCUAUCCUUCAAAGACAACUAUUUCAUCAGGCAGUGAAAUUACUGAGACCAGGAGGAACUCUAGUGUACAGUACUUGUACCAUCACGAUGGAGGAGAAUGAGGAACUAGUCGCAUGGGCAUUACAGACAUUUUCCUGCUUGUCCUUAUCCAAAAUGGAGCCACAUCUAGGAAGUGCAGGACGAGUAUGUGCAGGCCUUGGUGCAGCUGACAGAGACAAGCUACAGUUGUUUCUACCUGGAUGUGGUGACAAUACUUCACCAGAAAAUGACACUAUUGGAUUCUUUAUAGCAAAGUUUCUGAAAUUACCUAGCUAAUUGAAACAUUUCUUGUUUCUGGUGUUUCAGUGUCAAAGGCUUUGAAUUGUCAAAAUUGUUCACUCAAUUUUGAUUAUGUGCAUGUGCUUUAUAAUCAGUCAUAUAUGUAAAAUGUACAUAAAUUUCUCAAGGAAGAAAUAAAUAGCUAGCAAUUAGAACAACAUGCUUUGAUUGGUGAUAUUUUACUGGACUUGUAUCCAUGGUCACAUGGAUCAGAAUUGUAAAAGAAAAAAACACUUAAGCAACUUUUGAUAUAAUGUAAUAUUAAUAAGAAUACAAAACUAUGGUAAUUGGCCUGGAGCUUGCUGGCAUUGAGAAAUGAUCUUGUUCAUGGUUGUCACUUUGUCAGAUUUGUGAAUCCUUUUGAUUUACAAGAGGACCAAGUUUAUAUAACAGGUAAUAACUAUGACAUUCAGCUUUUUGUUGUUAGAUUUUUAUUAAGAAAUCAAUUUAAAACUUCAUGACCAACAUUAAUUGAAAUCUUGCAGGAAGGGAUUUACCAAUUUCAGUGGAAUACAGUUUAGGCUGAAGUGUAAACAUGACUGUUUUAAAGUUAAUUAGUGUGAAUUUGAUACUGAACCACUUUUAAUGUGUGAGAACUAAAAUUUAAUGUUGUGAUGACAAGAUCACUGCAGAUGGAUGCACUCUAUGCCCAUAUAUACAUGUAUAUAAACAUGCCUUUUAGGCCUUUUCU